ACUACAUGUACCAUCAAAGCUUAGAGUAACAAUCAUCUCCUAACUCUUUCCCUAACGAGAAAAGCUAGCUCUUUCCACUUCUCAAAUCUUGUUAUAUCUUUUCUUUCAUCUCCACCUCCUCUAUUUCUUGAUCAUCAUCAUCGUCUUGAUGAAUCCUUUAUGAGCUGCUUCUUGUUUUCUUUAGCUUGUGGAACAACUAUAAGUAGGAGAAAGAGAAGCCUUUAUGAUAGAAUUGAAGGGCUUCUUUUCUUCUUGUUGUGUUUCUAUCUUUUUCUUCUUCUUUUGGUGAUCAGAUGUGCACCAGAGGCCAUUGGAGGCCGGAGGAAGACGAGAAGCUCAAAGAGUUGGUUGCUCGAUAUGGCCCUCAAAAUUGGAAUUCGAUUGCUGAAAAACUUCAAGGCAGAUCAGGAAAGAGUUGUAGGCUGAGAUGGUAUAACCAAUUGGAUCCAAGAAUAAAUAGGAACCCCUUCAGUGAGGAGGAGGAAGAGAGGCUUCUGUCUUUGCAUCGUGUGCACGGCAAUCGAUGGGCGGCUAUAGCUCGAUUAUUCCCUGGCAGAACUGAUAACGCGGUGAAGAAUCACUGGCAUGUGAUUAUGGCAAGAAGAUGUAGAGAAAAAUCUAGGGUUCAAGCAAAGAGAAGUAGUGCUGGUUGUUGCACCUCAGAGAAGCCUGACGACAAUAAAAAGAGAAAGCUUGAAGCACAAAAUAUAGAACAAACAGUGACCAAGUAUUGCAGAAGUUCUCAAGAGUACUCUUCUGUAAAUAAGUGUCAUCACAAUCCUAGUGAUAUUUUUUCAGGAAUUCAUGGCAGUAGUUCUAAUAUGACUGAAGAUAGAGAAAACUCAGUCGAAUUCUAUGAUUUUCUUCAAGUAAACACUGACUCUGAAAACAUGAAAGAUGGCCGGAGAAGCUUGGACAAAGAGGAGGACAAGGAGCAGCAUAGUGAAGGUAGUGUACAAUUCAUAGACUUCUUGAAGGUUGGAAGUUCAUCAUGAAUUGAAGUUCCCUCAGAAUUCCCUCAAAAAGGGAAAUUAUAUUACAUAUAUAUAUAAAUAUAGCUAGAUCUAGUCCGCAUACACCCUAACAUUGUGAAAUGCAGGAGUAGAUGUCACAUAAGAUGCUUAGCUUAUUUAUAUAACUACUUUGCUGCAUUGAGGAAGGGUUCUCUUUUAGUGUUGAGGAUCAACAACAUUGUAGAUAGUUCAUGGCAAAGUGUACUUGUUUAUACAACUGCUUUUAAUUAUGUUAUCACAAAAUGGAAUCGAUGAGAUUCCUCGGAACUAAUGAUGCUGAUAUCUCUGCCAAUUGCUUGAGCUUACUUGCUUGCUUGCUUGCAUUUCUUAAUGCAGUUA